CUUUGUACACCAAAAACUGUUAAAUCAUAAUGACUGUAUUUCCUUUCUUAUAACGUAAUUAAUUUUUUAAUGUAUGACUUUGUGAAAUGAAUAAGCAUUCACUGAACUAAGUUCGUCUGGUUAUCCCUGUAUGUUAAUGUGUAUUGAUGGCUGGCCAAUUUAACAUUGUUUUUCUUUGCCAUUGUGCAUUGCCGACUGCAAUUUGGAUAAUUGUCAUUAUUGACAUUUUCGAGCCGCAGCUAGAGCACUGAAGUUGUAAUUACAUAUAUCGCCCAAUUUCUGAUUCUGUUAGAGACCAGUUUGACUCUAUACCGCUUGUGUUGCGUCAAAAGGUAAACACACCUGAGCGUGUGUACCUGUGUCGUCCAUGUCUGGUUCGGUGCGUAUGUGACACAAGUACACUGUGCUUGUUUACGUGAUCGUCUCUCACACAGCCGAAAAGUCGUCCCAUUUUAUAAAAAAAAGAUCGCGUUUUGGGGUUUGGAAAUUUUGGACUCGUUUCAAAUAUUCUGUGAUAAAUCCUCAAGAUGGAUAACCAAGGUCUCUGGUUCACGAGCAUUGUGAGCUUCAUGGUGGCGUGUUUGUUCACAAAGGAAGUCUCCAGUGAUCCGUGUAGGCCAGUUACAAAUGCCAUCUUGUGGUGUUCAGGAAAGGAAGUUGACCAAGCCUUUAUAAACAAUACACUGAAGGGACUGAUUACAGCCGAUCUUGAGGAAAUCCAUAUCACAAACGGCAGUUUUAACGAGUUGCCGCCCAAUGCUUUUAGUAACUGCUCCCAGCAGUCUUCCUCUAAGCUAACCAAGUUGACAAAGCUGGUAUUGUCUAGCAACAAUAUUACGAAAAUCCAUGGGAAAACAUUCCAUUGCAUGCCAAACUUGGAAAAACUUUUCCUCGAUAACAAUAGUUGGCAGAUUCAUAAAGAUAGCCAUUCCGGAUACUUCAACAACUUGCCCAGUCUAGUGGAGUUAGAUCUCACCGCUGCAUUAUUGCCCAUGGAGAGACUUCAUGUAACCCAUCUGAGAUAUGUAUUUGAGAAUACCAACUUUUCCAAACUUGAAACCUUACGACUGGGUUGCAAUGGUAUACAAUUUUUGGAUGAGGAAUUAGGAAAGUCACUCUGCAACAUGGACAAUUUAAAGCACAUUAAUUUCCAUGGAAACAGUCUCGGGAGACUGCAAUUAACAAACUGCUUCCAAAAAUCCAAAUUUUUGGAAAAAAUAGACUUUUCGGACAACGUCUUUACCUAUGUAGACCAAAGAACCAUGGAUGUUCUUGAUACCAUACACAGUGAAAACCCAGACGUAAAUCUGACCGUGAACCUGCUGAACCAGCAGUGGUCAUGUGACUGUGCCAUCAAACCGUUCAAAGACUGGAUGACCACGACCAAAGUUCACCUCAUGGGAAUGGGCAAAUAUCGAUGUUAUGAUGGAGCUAAUUUCCAUAAACAUAUCAUCAAUCUGUCGGAUAGCGAAAUGUGCGGGGACCACGUGGACAGUUCCGUACAGGCUGGGGUGGUGGUUGUCAUCGUACUGCUGGUCAUAAUAGCCCUGGUCCUGGUGGGGGUGCUUAUAGUCUAUAGAAACCGUCUGACGUCACUUGCACGUGGCGUCAGGAAAUCCCUAGUGCGCAACAGUCACGCACAAUAUUCUUCUGUUGAUAAAUCCCCACUGACUGCAGACGCUUAAUGUCGCGGUAAAAAUUGAUAUAUUUUGUCAGAUUUUUUUUACAGGCAUUAGAAUGUGUGAUAUAACUGCAGACAGUAUAAAAAUAUAGUGUACUAUUCAUAGGCCAAUUUAAUUGAACGCCAAGUGAAGUGAUUAUUAGCUUAAUUAUAAUUAGUUCGUUUUGAAAAGAGAGGCUUGUAACGAAAGAAGGAUGUAUAACGUGAUAAGGUUAUACGGUGUGUUUAUAGUAGUUAAUACAUGACUCAUGGCUAACGAACAUUAAAAAAUUUUUCUUAUACUGUCCCAUGUCAAUGAAACGUGUAACUAUACAGAUUUCUUUAUUGAUAAUUGUAAUCAUGUUUAAAGAUCGCGGAUCCCAGUGGCCUCCUCAACCUUCCAAUGUCUUUACCAGUUGUUGGACCGCUGAGAAGUCUAAAAUCUGAAGCUAGAAUCUAGAAAUAAACAAGAGGGAAAAAGAGAAGAAUAAAAACCCCAUUUUUAGUGUUCAUUGAUUUUUAGGUCUCUCAGGCUCAUUAAAUGUUCACGUCUACUCCUCCCGGCCUUUUGUCACUGUGAUUUUUUUUUUUAUUUUGGGAGGGGAUGACGAAUGAUCUGUCAUCCUAUGGCAUUAACCGACAAAAGUUGUGUGUUGUUUCCAAAGUUAUGUCGAACAUUCUUCCCCUGUUAUUAUUAUAUUUUAUAAAUGAUCAGUCGUGUUCGUAUUUUUCUAUUAUACACCUGUAUAUUUGUUAAUAUUUUGUACUGAUAUUUUUAUAAGUAGGUAUUUAUAUAUUUGAAUACACCCAUUUUGCCACAUUUUGUACUUUUAAUAUGUUACAUAUUUCUGCAUUAAACUCGCUUUGUUUCUACAA